AUGCUUGCUCGCGUCUCUGCUCUCUCUGUCUUCUCUGUCUUGGCCCUCGCUAUUGCGGGGCUGCCUGUCCUGCUCUUAGGCCCACAAGGCUCUGCUGCACGGCUUUCGACAAUCUUACGACAAUCGCAACUGGCUGCCAGGACAAUCCUCCCGCUUGCAGCGGCUCCGGCAUAUGUGUCUGUUGCGCCGCGGAGAAGCCUCAUGAGGGCCAAGGCGGCACUACGCCGUGCAGCACGAGUAAAGCCAUACGAUGUGUGCAAGCGGAGCGCCAGUUCUGUGAAUCAAAAGUACUGGAGAGCAGAGCACAUUUGGGAAUAUGAUACUGCAACAAACAUCAACAAGACACAUGGUCAGGCAUGGCCGGUCAGGAGCGAAUUCAGAGGUUUGGCCUAG